AUGGCGAGACUUACUGCGUAUAACAUUGUCAUCGGCAUGAUCGUUGCCAUUGGCACGUUUGGGUACGGGUAUGGCUUUGGAGUGUUCAUCACCAGCAUCGGCCAACCUGGCUUCUACAAGGACUUCAACCUCGAUCCGACGAGCAAGUAUACAGCAAACGUCUUGGGCGCCGUCAACGCCCUCUUUGCGGCCGGAGCUGCCUUUGGUUCUCUCUUUCAAGGCUGGCUGGCUGAUUGGAUUGGACGCAAAAAGGCUCUUGUAGUGUCUGCCUUGUUCUCAUUGAUUGGCGCCGGAUGGACUGCCGGGUCUCCAUACCUGGCAAUGCUCAUCACAAUCAGAAUCCUACACGGAUUUGGUCUCGGCAUGUUGAUAUGUCUCGUCCCAUUAUACCUCACGGAGGUGUCACCACCGCAUUGUCGUGGACUCAUGUCUGGCAUGACGGUCAUGGGGUUUGGAAUCGGAUAUGUCGCCGUCGCCUGGGUGUCGGUGGCAACCUACUACGCAGAGAACGCGACCUUGCAAUGGCGGUUACCGCUUGCCCUCGCCUGCGUCGGUCCGCUCGGACUCCUCGUCGGAAUAUAUUUCGUUCCAGAAUCUCCUCGGUACCUGUGCUGGAGAGGCCGUCACGAAGAGGCGCUCCAAGUCAUUCAACGUCUCCAUCGCGACCCCGACGACCCGACAGAUUCUAGUGCCCAGGCGGAAUUCAUCCAGAUCCGCGCACAGGUGGAAAAGGACAAGGAGCAGAAAUCGGGCUAUGUCCGCAUGUUCACGAAGCCGAGUUGGCGGAAACGCUCGCUUCUCGUGCUCUUUAUCAUGUUUGCAUCUCAAGCGACUGGUGUCAAUGGCAUUGCAAACUAUUUGGUCCGCAUCUUUGGGACGCUGGGCCUCGAAGGUGUCAUGCCGUUACUGGUUUAUGCUGCCUUUGUGGCCUGUUUCACCAUGGACAAGUUCGGACGGAGGAGACUUUUCUUGAUCGGCUUUCCUGCCCUGGCCGUCAAUCUCCUGAUCGAAGCUGUUCUCCAACGGGAAUAUCUAGGAACGGCAAACCAAGCAGGCAACGGCGCCGCGGUGGCCUGCAUUUUCCUCUUCAUUGUGCUGUUUCAGUUCAUCGAUGCGCCAUCUUUCGUCUGGUGCGCCGAGAUAUUCCCCACGACGAUUCGAGCGAAGGGCAUCGGCUUGAGCAUGUUUGCCUAUUUUGUCGGAUUCAUCACCUUUUCCACGCCAGGUCCGCUUGCGUUUCGCAACAUAACCUGGCGAAUGUAUCUGAUCUUCAUGGCCUUUUGCAUCGUCUGCGAAGUCGUCGUCUACUUUUUCGUUCCGGAAACGCGCGGACUCCCCGUCGAGGAAAUGGGGACAUUGUUUGGCGACGAGGUCGUUUUGCACAUGACCCUGGACGGCAGGGGUCUUGUGGAGAAGGAAAAGACUGAAGGUGUGGUGAUGGAACAGAUCGAAGUCGUCGCAGCUAAGGGCCAGGAAGAGCUGGUCUAA